UUGUCCUCCGGCAAACUUGGUUGCGGAACGAAACAAAUGCAAGUCUCGAUUCUAUAUGAAUUAUGUGACAAUGACUCCCAAUCUCUCACGUUGGCUGCAUCGCCAGUCAUUGUCACGUACUUCGUAUAGAAUUGAGACUCGCAUUUCGUUUCGUCCCGCGAACAAGUUAGCCGGAAAGGGAAGUCAUUAGGGAGAUUACUGAACCUUGCCUUCACCAAUCAGAAGAGGAAGAGCUGGAGACUCGGAAGACACCGGUCAAAAGUCGACAUUCCUGCUCACAGCUUCAAGAGAAGACGCCGCCCACUUUCCCGAUCCUUGAAAAUGCAUGUUUAGUAUUAAAACUGUUCUCUAGGCGUUACUUGGUUUUCACUAUUCGUUUUCUCGAUCUUCUUAACUGCGACUGAUCCGUAAUUGUGAGAAGACUAAACAUAUAAAAGUACGCGGAGGCCUCACGGAUUUAAAUAAAUCUUGGUAAAUUCUUUUCGAAGGCGUAUCAAUUUCUCUACCAUGAUGGGUAAUUUUAAAAUCAGCAUACUACUGAUGCUUUUCUUCUAUAAUUUGAGUUGCGUCAUCUCGUCUGUGAUAACGCCAGUAAAGAAAAUGCUAAUCGACACGGACGCGGGAGCUGACGAUGCGGUCGCCAUCAUCAUGGCGACGGAAUCCGAAAAUCUGAACGAGGGACCGAAAAUUGUUGGCAUUACAUGCGUAAAUGGAAAUGCUGACGUCGACAUGAUCGUCCUGAACGUCCUCAAGACUCUCAAGACCGUAAACAGACUCGACAUUCCAGUCUACAAGGGUGCGUCCCAUCCAUUGCUGUUGCCUGAUCAGAACAAGCGCUAUUUCGGCCACGAUGGAUUCGGAGAAUUUUACUACCCUGAUCCACCCUCAACUGACUUGAUCAACCAGACGGACGCUGUGAACGCGAUGAUUGAACUCGUAAAGCAGCAUCCAGGCGAGGUCACGAUCCUAGCUUUGGGACCACUGACGAACAUCGCCUUAGCUAUUAGAAUCUAUCCCGAAUUCCUGGAGAAGCUGCAGCAGCUGAUCGUCAUGGGUGGAAGUACCGAAGGUCGAGGAAGCGCGCAGCCUGGAAUCGAAUUCAACUUUGCUGCCGACCCCGCGGCAAACUUCAUCGUGUUCAACUCGUCAACGUCAAGGCCGACGACCCUGAUAUCUCGGGAAACGGCUCGAAGAGCCGGGGUACCGACGAGUUUCAGGAAGUCCUUGUCCAAUUCAAAUAAUACAAAAAUUUGGUUAAUCGAUUCUGCAAUGGCCUCGACUACGAAACCAAACGCAACCUACUCGUAUUGGCCAGACGCGGUAGCCGCCGCUGUCGCCCUGACUUCCGGUAGCAUCGUGACCGAGUCGGAAGCCUACUAUUCGGACGCUAUUUACGAGGGCACGAAAACUGCUGGGAUGAUCGUGGUCGACUACACAAACAUCACCAAGAACGCUGCCAACACGAACGUCAUUCAAAACGUAAACGCGACCGUUUACCUGCAACUACUUUCAAGAUACUUCCUGUAAUUAUAAUUGAUCGGACUAGCCACUCUUUUUAGGAACUUUUGGUACUAAAAAUUGUCAAUUGAACGGAAUUCGUUGUUAAUAUUAAGACGAUUCAAAUAUUAUCCUCAGUCAACACGCAAAAUUUCACGUUACAAACGCAGAAUGGACAUUGUAAGAUUCCCGGUAAUCAUUUGUUACAAGCAAUAUGAUGCCUUGUGUAACGUAGGCAUGUAUUUGUGCGAGUGUUGUCAUAGUGGUCUAAGAACGAGCUGAUGAACCAGGAGGUCAGUCGUGACACGAGUGUCGUCAGAUUAACUACUCUCGUACCACAAAAACUCUGUAUAUAGUUCGAAUUUCUAUGACACCUUGAAUGCAUCCAAAUUAAAUUCAAUCCAUCUAUUCAUUUCUUACUCCACCACCCUUGGUCGUAGCUACGUUAGUUGCAACAUUAUCGAAUACCAAUUAUCAAGAAUUCACAUCUUAUUCUACACGUGAACAACUGGAUUACCUGCUUGCUAGACUUUUCCAGUAAACAGCGAAUGUUACCCAAGAAACAUGGCCGAAACGUUAUCGUUUAAUCGAAAUAAUGAUCCAAUCAAUGAUUGGGGUCCAGGAUUAAAAAUGUUUACACAACGUAGGAAAAUUUGCAGAUGUUUAAUAUGUUACAUUUACUGCGUAGUUUUCCGUACUUCCGCCCUUUUUUACUAUAUAUAAUAGACGUAAACUAACAAUUCGACGGCCUGCACAAUCAACCGUUGCACAACACUUUGGCAAAUUGGAACGACGCAGGUAACGCGUGACAAUGUCCCAUUGUUCUAUUAAUUGCUGGCCAAAUAGAUCGGUGAAUAAUUAUCAGCAAUACGUGCCAUGACAUGUGUGCCUA